AUGCCGCGAGACAGCCGCAUCUCGGCCACGAGGCCCGUCUUCCCGAGCUUCCUGCUUCCGACCCUCAAGCUCGGACGGCAGCGUCGGCGGUCGGAGACGCCUUCUUCGUCGUCGUCGCCGCCGCCGCCCUUUUCGCCCACGGCAGCCUCGGCCUCCUCGUCGGCGAACGGCUCGCCGCCGGAGGAUGCUUCCUUCAUCUCCCGCCACGUCGCCGCCCCGCCGUCCGGUGGCCGGCUCGCCCGCGCCGCACCCGACACCCUCCGCUGCAUGAACUGCUCGACCGACCUCGCGCUCGCCUCGCAGAUCAUAUCCAAGGGCUUCACGGGGCGCUACGGCCGUGCCUUUCUCGUCGCGCCGCCGCCGCCCGAGUCGACGCCGCCCGAAAAGCAGCCGCCGCCGCCGCAGGAUCAGCAGCGGCGGCGGCGGCAGCAGCAGCAGAGGCCCAGCAAGGACAGGCUCGACCUCGUCAACAUCCGCGUCGGCCGCAGCGAGGACCGCCAGCUCGUCACCGGCUGGCACGUCGUCGCCGACAUCUGCUGCGCCACGUGCUCGCGCAAGCUGGGCUGGAAGUACGUCGACGCCCGCGAGCAGUCGCAAAAGUACAAGGUCGGCAAGUACAUCCUCGAGGUCGAGCGCGUCAUGACCCAUCGCACCUGGGAGGACGUCGACGUCCCCGACGCCACGCCCGACUCGACGGCCGGCGACGAGGGCGACGAUGACCUUGUCGUCUUCGACUCCGAGGACGAGGACGAGUGCGAGGACAUCUUUGCCGGCGUGUGGGAUGCCGAAACCGUGGCGAAGCGGAGGAAGCAGACCAUCGCACGGCGGCAGCACUCGGCGGCGGCGGCGGCGGCGACGACGACGACGGCGACGGUGACGAUGACAACGGCGGCUCAUGGGCUGUGA